AUGUUGUUUGCCGAAGGCGACGCGCCUCAUCUGAGGGCGUGGAUCAUCAAGCGCCUGGCGAAUACGACCGAUGCUGACGCCGACGUCCUGGCCGAUUAUGUGCUGGCGCUUCUGCGACAUGACGGCGACAUGGAGUCUAUACGCGGCGUGUUUGAGGAAGAAAUACCAGACUUUAUGAGGGAAGAUGCUGCCGCCUUCACCGACGAUGUCUUCCAGGCUGUCAAGUACAAAUCCUACCUCCCGGGAGCGCCGCCCGCUCCCCCAGUCGCCCGACAGCCACCUCUAGGCCCUCCACAGGCACCGCACAUUCCAUUAGGCCCUGCAGCACAGCAGCAGCCCUAUGUGCCACCCUUCAAUGUGCAGCAUACCCCGUACGCCGAGACCCCGACCGGCUUUUCUUCUCAGACCUUCCGCAACGGUUCCAAGAAGCGAUCCUAUCGUGAUCUCGAUGCUCCGGACUCGCAGCCUUUCAGCUCCGACCUCUACGGUGGAGCGCCAUAUCAGCAACCCUACAAGCAGGCCCGCAGAGGAGGUGCUUUCAACCCGCGCGGUAGCCGCUUUGACGAACCCUACGGUUCUGGAGGCCGUGGGGGCCACCCAGCUUCUAAUGGGUUUGCUGCCCCCAGUGGACUCUCACCAGGCUAUCCCUCCCAACCGCCUUUCCCAAUGUCUCAGCAGUCCCUCGACGCCAAUAGCAUUCUCGAAAAUAUUCAGCGGCUGCAAGAACUUGGAGCGCAAAUGGGUAUUCAGAUGCCACAAACCGGCCCUUUGCCCCAGCCUCUCUACUCAGGGCCCGCAUUGAUACCGGCGUCGUCUCACCGGAGAAAGGGGCCCUGCAGAGAUUAUGAGACCAAGGGAUACUGCUCUAGAGGGAAUCGAUGCCAGUACGAACAUGGAAACGGCUCUGUAUACGUCCCCUCGUUCGUGGCGCCACCAGCAGCGGACGAGUACGAUCCGAACAACGCUGCCAUGGGCAUGCUGGAACAUCCGGGUCAGCCGAUCAAGCCCCAGGACAAAGCUCUCCACGGUUGGCCACCCAAUCGCCGUGAGCCUAAGAAGCCCAAGAGGAAGGGUGGAAGGUCAUCCGUCUCCGCUGAAGGCCCAUCCCAUGACAAGACAAACACCAAGCUCGUUCUCGAAAAUAUACCCGAGGAGAACUUCACUGAAGAUGCAGUCCGGGAGUUCUUUGCUCAGUUUGGCACCAUAUCCGACGUGUCGUUACGUUCGAUCCCUGGCUCGCAGAAACGGAUAGCCAUCAUCAACUUUGACAGCUGGGCGGCGGCGAAUGCUGCCUGGAAGUCGCCAAAGGUCGUGUUUGACAACCGUUUUGUAAAGCUGUACUGGUUCAAGGAUGAAUCCAAGUUUGCCUCUGAUGGGCAACGCACAAAUGGCGUUCGAAACGAUACCAAUGGGGACAAGGCGUCAAACGAACCUGAAUUUGAUAUGGAAGAAUUCCAGCGCAAACAAGAAGAGGCCCAGAAAAUACAUCUCGAGAAACAGCAGAAGCGUGAGGAGCUAGAGCGUCAGCGUCAAGAGCUUGAGGAGAAACGCAAGGAGCUCAUCGCCAGACAACUGGAAGAGAAGCGCAAGUUGCAAGCCAAGCUUGCUGAAAAUGGAGUCAAGGAGGACUCUUUAUCGCCUGUCUUGACAAAGGCAACACCCGAUGAAGGCGGUGUGUCGCAAGCAGAAGCCUUGCGGGCAAAGCUUGCCGCCCUGGAAGAGGAAGCCGACUCCCUUGGUAUAGAUCCAGACGCCACGGGCGACGAAGUUCCCUUUUGGGCUUCCAGAGGCCGAGGCCGGGGCAGGUGGCCGUACAGGGGCCGAGGUAGCUUUCCGCCGCGAGCAUACCGUGGCGGCUAUGGAUACCGCGGUCGAGGAGGAGCGACGCAAGAUGUGCACGCUGCCUAUGCAGCUUAUUCGCUCGACAAUCGCCCCAAGGUCAUUGCAAUCACGGGCGUGGACUUCACUGAGUCGUCGAAGGAUGAAGCGCUCCGUCAGCACCUUUUCGGUGUUGGUGAGUUCACUGAUAUUUCAACGGAUUCCGGUGCCACACAAAUCACCUUCAAGGACCGCAAAACGGCUGAAAAGUUUAUGUUCGGUGUAUCUGCAAACAAGACCAUCCCUGGUGUAGACGGCACAGUCGAGCUCACUUGGGCCAACUCAGCACCCAGGACCGCUGGGGCAGAUAGCGACUUCCCCAUGUCUAGUGGUCUGGAGGACGAACAAGCGGCCAAGACUGCCAAUGACGUUGAGGAGACCAACGCCUUUGGACGGCCGGACAGGGACCAGGGGGAUAUGGAUUACGAAGGCGGCGACUGGGACAUCUCCUGA